CUCAGAGAUUAACGGUGAAUACGUGCAAAACUCUCUUUCUAUACAGGUAUCUGAGAUUUAACCCACUGGAUACCAGUAAUAUGCACACAGUGUAGUUGGGUGACGAUUUGGCUGUGCUCUGCUUCUGCCAUAUACUCAUUCAUCACGUACAAUACAAGUCACUGCAUGUGCCAGUAAAGGAAAAACAUUAUAAGGAUAUCUGACAAAUUCUCUUGCUGAACAAGAUAAUGUCUGAUAAGACCAAGAACCAAACCUCAGACCUUCCUUAUGCACACAGAGAUAAAGAUUACUCUGAUGUAGUGAAAGAUGAGAUAACAGAAGAUCUGUGUUUGACGUGUCAGGUGGGAGACCCAGAUGAGGAAACCAGUGACAGUAUCAGCUCAGAUGAAGGUAACACUGAUAUAGUGACAUUUGUCAUAACAGAAGAUCUAUGUGUGAGGCAACAGCUGGGAGCAACAGAUGAGACCAAAGAUGACAUCAGACAAGAUAAAGCUGAUAUAGUGAAAGCUGAGAUAACAGAAGAUCUGUGUGUGAGGCAACAGCUGGGAGCAACAGAUGAGACCAGAGACAUCAUCAAACAAGGCGCAGAUUACGCUGAUGUAGUGAAGGUUGAGAUAACAGAAGAUCAGGUGAAGACUGAGGAGGAUGAAGUUCUAAUAAAUACGGCUACAGGUGAAUUAAAAAACUGCAGUAAUCCUAGUCAUGGGGAAAGUACCAAUACUUUUGUCAAUCUUCUUCACAAUCAAAGAAGCCUUGUGGAAAAUGUAUGCUCUGAAUAUCGGGAAGGUUUUACCAGGAAAUCAAAUAUUUUAAGACCUCAGAAAAGUCAUACAGGGAAGAAAGCAAUUUCAUGUACUGACUGUGGAAAAUGUUAUACUGAGAAAUCAAGCCUUAUUAGACAUCAGAAAAUUCAUUCAGCACAGAAAGCAUUUUUAUGUUCUGACUGUGGGAAAUGUUUUACUGAGAAAUCAAAUCUUAUUAGUCAUAAGAAAAGUCAUACAGGGAAUAAAGCAUUGUCAUGUUCUGACUGUGGAAAAUGUUUUACUGAGAAAUCAAGUCUUAGUAGACAUCAGAAAAUUCAUUCACGACAGAAAGCAUUUUCAUGUUCUGACUGUGGGAAAUGUUUUACUGAGAAAUCAAAACUUAGUAGACAUCAGAAAAUUCAUUCAGGAGAGAAAGCGUUUUUAUGUUCUAAUUGUGGGAAAUGUUUUACGGAGAAAGCAAAUCUUAUUAAGCAUGAGAAAAUUCAUACAGGAGAGAAAGCAUUUUCAUGUUCUAAUUGUGGGAAAUGUUUUACUGAGAAAUCAACUCUUGUUAAGCAUCAGAAAAUUCAUACAGGGGAGAAAGCAUAUUUAUGUUCUGAAUGUGGGAAAUGUUUUGCUCAGAAGCCACAUCUGAUUUCACAUCAGAAAAGUCAUACAGGAGAAAAAGCAUUUUCAUGUUUUGAAUGUAAGAAAUGUUUUACUAGGAAAGACCAUCUUAUUACGCAUCAGAUAACUCAUACAGGAGAGAAACCAUUUUCAUGUUCUGAAUGUGGGAAAUGUUUUACUCAGAAAUCAACUCUUAAUAAGCAUAAGAAAAUUCAUACAGGUGAAAAAGGAUUUAUGUGUUCUCAAUGUGGGAAAUGUUAUUCUCUGAAAACAGAUCUUAAUAAUCAUGAGAAAAUUCAUAUUAAAAGAAAUCUGGAAGAUCAGAGCAUGACUUCUUAAAAGGACAGUGUACACUUAUAAUCCCCCCUCAUGUAAUGUUUUCCCAAUUAUCCAUUUUACCUACUUGAGUGUUUUAAAUUUUGUACAAAUAGCUUUUAUCCUUUUUCUUGUUUGAAAUAGAUGAUUUUGCCUAUUGUUUCCCCACCUAUCCUAAACAUUUCUGAACUUAAAGGUACAGUGUACACCAAUUUUCAUAUAACAGCAUGUAAUAGACACUACUAUAAAGAAUAAUAUUCACAGAUACUGAUAUAAAAAUCCAGUAUAAAACUGUUUGAAAACUUAAAAGCUCCCAGUUUAGCUCUGUUGAAAAGGUUAGCUGGAACACCCACUGAAAGUGGUUGUAUAUCAACAAGAGAAGACACUCCCCCCCUUCCUCUGCAUAUGAAAAGACUCUUCACACAAACAGGAGCAAGAUGGAGUAGGUAUACAUCAGUAUACUUCUAAAAGGUUGGGCUUGGUUAGGAGUCUGAAA